CAGCGCGCAGUGCUGCUUUCCUCUUUCACUCACUCUCAGAGAGCAGCUCAGCUCAGCUCAGCCAGCGGGGGCUGCGGAGACCCGCACGCCUCCUUCUUUACUCCUCCUGUACUGCCACAACCGAAAUGCUAUACUUUAAUUUGAUAAGAUAACAUUGUCCUGGCUGUGGAAGUGGACUGGAGCUCCUCACCCUGACCGAAAGCUACACGUGGGACGGAGGAGAAGUUAGCCAAACAAACCUUCAUAGUGUGAAGAGCACAGAACCUUCUUUUUAUCCACCGCUGGAAAAGGCCACAAUGAGUGCCAGAUCAGCAAUCAACAAAGAGAUCUUCACACCACAUGAUGAGAGGAUGCUGGCGGCUGUGCAGGUGAAGAGGAGGACAAAGAAGAAGAUUCCCUUCCUGGCUACAGGUGGACAGGGUGACUACACCACUUUCAUCUGCCUGUCAGUAACCAACAAGAAGCCAGCACAGGUGUCCAUCACGAAAGUGAAGCAGUUUGAGGGCUCUUCCUCUUUUGUCAGAAGAUCACAGUGGACCCUGGACCAGUUGAGGCAGGUGAAUGGCAUCGACCCCAACAGGGAUUGCCCAGAGUUUGACUUGACGUUUGAGAAUGCAUUUGACCAGUGGGUGGCCGGCUCUUCUGGAGACAAGUGCAUGUUUGUUCAGGUCCUCCACAACACCUGCCAGCGUCACAGCGCAGAUAGAAAACCUGAGUUUGUCAACUGCCAGUCUAAACUGCUGGGAGGUAACAGCAUCCUGCACUCUGCAGCAGACAGUGUUACCAGUGCUGUGCAGAAGGCCAGUCAGGCUCUGAAUGAGCGUGGAGAGAGACUGGGCCGAGUGGAGGAAAAAACUGGAGAUAUGAUGAACAGCGCGCAGCAGUUUGCUGAUACUGCACACAAGCUGGCCAUGAAGCACAAGUGUUAAACUGUGCCAGAUCUCGGAGCGUCCUGCCAAGGAUGGCUGGCACAUGUAAAUCGGAUGGAUUUUAGAUUUUAUUCUUUUUUUUUUUCAACCAGAAAAAGAAGAUUUAAUAAGAUUAGCAUUAUGAAUUAACACUGGUUUUAAUUUUUAAUUCCUCCUGACAUUUCCAGAAGUGAAGUCGAAAUGCUAUAGGACAAUAUGGCCCACUGACUGUGAGUGACCGCUUUAGGGCAUUGUCUCUUUUCUGGCUCCUCUUGUCCGGUUCCUGUGCCAGGAAGAAGAGAGCUUUCUGUGGGACUUGGAUGCAGUACCAUGCACGGGGGGGUGCUGUUUUACAAAUGGCUGGUUAAAGUGGAUACACCAAGGAAAAAACAAUUUGUUAGCCAUGAACUUGAAGUUCUGUAUCUGUAUCCCUGUAUUUCUCAUUAUAUACUGCAUACCAUUAAAAGUGUAGUAUUUGUCAAAGCCGCUAGAUUUGAUUUCCAUUUUGGAGAGGGCUGAAAGUUACUUGGGAUUUAUUUAACAGCAUCACUACUUUCAGGACAUCUAGUGUCUAUAGAAUAAUUUCCCCAGAUCUUCCUAAUAUAUGCCAAACAUGUACUGUGAGAAUGUAAUGCUAAUGGAAUUGAGCAUUUGGGUUUGGAAAAGCACAGAGCUUUUCAUAGAUUUAAUUAGAAGUGUGCUUGCUGUGAAGCUGAAACACAUGUUCAAAUUAUGUGGUUACAUACAGUCAUGUGCAAAAGUUUGAACAACCUAUUAAAUAUGUUUCUGCUAAUUAUAGUGCACACUUUCUAUUUAUUUGCUUAACAGGGGAAAAAAACGAAAAUAUAAAAUGUGCCACAACUUUUAUAUAGACCACAAUGUAUUAUUUUCCCUUAUAUGUCAAGUUCAGCAAUUAAACAGUAAUUGUGCAUUAAGAUGAGCAGUUCUCUGGAGAUGUGUACUUAUUCUCACUUAGAAAACUAACAAAACACGUCAAACUUGUAUAUGACUGUAUGUGCACUGUAGCUUAAAUGAGACUUGUGUGCAGAUCUCUAUCAUAACCAAAACUAAAUGCAAACAAAGCACUUUUUAACUGAAGUACAACUCUAUUGUAAAUAGAAAGCAUUUGGUUUCAGUUUUAAUUGGUUCUGAUUUUAAACAUGCAAUAAGCAGAUUGUCUUGCUUAUAUCUGGUAAAGUAAAAUGGGAUAUUAGACAGGCUAAUGUGGAAGGAAUGGGCUGUUGUUUGAUGCUUAUUUUACUACAUUGGAUGAAUAGUUGAAAUUACCUUGCUGAAAAUCUGAAAAUAUCACUUUCUGUAUUCUUUCUUUAACCUUAACAAGUUUUCACAACAGUUGUCAUUCAUGAUAAUGUAAUUUACAGCAGUGAAAUGUAGUAUAUUAGGUGGGAAUAAUUUAAUAAGUAACCUCUGUUACAUACUCACCAUGUCUACUGCCAUUCUAUAUGGGCUUGUAACAGUGUAUGUGAUCUUCCUAAUUCAGUAACAGUAUUUGUCACCUGAUUUUCUUGUAUGAGUUCUCAAAGUUAUUGUUUUUUUUAUGUUUAUUUUUUGUUUUUGAAAAUACUUUGCAAAUGAGACAUUUUUAGAUUUUGUAUUACAUAUUUGUUAAUGAACGCUUCCUGGGCAAAUUGUUGUCUUAGUGCCAUUGUUUUUGUGGUGUUCAGAUUGUUACCUGUAGCUCAUUUUGUAAUAUCAGGCUUCAUCAAAAACAGCUGCUGACCAUUACCCUGUGUGUGUGUGUGUGUGUGUGUGUGUGUGUAUGAGGGCGAGUAUGCAUGUGUGUGUGAGCGCACAGCUGAUGAUGUGCUGACAUCUUUAUCUUUUUAGAUCACCCUUCACUGAAAAGCUCUCAGACUAGUUCAUUUUAAUAAAAGAAUGAAACAGUUUUGAAAUGUAUUGUUAACUAACUUGUGCCAUCAUUUCAUUAAACAUUCAGCUUUCAGUA